AUGUCGACGGAGUCUAAUAGAGACACAAUGGAAUAUCGAUAUUUAGGUCGGACUGGUCUCAAAGUCAGUUUGUUGUCUUUUGGUGCCUGGGUGACGUUUGGUGAUCAAAUGGAUGUGAAUGAAGCUUACAAUUGUAUGAAAGUAGCCUAUGAUAAUGGAUGUAAUUUCUAUGAUAAUGCGGAAGUUUAUGCUGCUGGCAAAGCCGAAACAGUGAUGGGUGAAGUGCUUAAACGAAUGUUUGAACAAGAUGGAAUUCUCCGUAGUGAUGUAGUUAUUUCAACGAAAAUCUUUUGGGGAACGGCGUAUUAUCACGCGCAAGCGAAUAAAGCGAAUUUAAAAGGUUUAUCACGUAAGCAUUUGUAUGAAGGUAUCAAAGGAAGUUUAAAACGUCUACAACUCGAUUAUGUUGAUAUUGUUUUCGCACAUCGACCGGAUCCGCAUACACCAAUGGAUGAGAUUGUGCGAGGCUUUAAUUGGAUUAUCGAUAAAGGAUACGCGUUCUAUUGGGGAACAUCUGAAUGGUCAGCCGAGCAAAUUCGUCAUGCGUGUGAGGUUGCCGAGAAACUUAAUUUGAUCGGUCCAUGUGCUGAACAGCCACAAUACAAUAUGUUACAUCGUACUCGUUUCGAGAUCGAAUACGCACCGCUCUAUCAAGCACCUAUUCAAUUAGGAACAACGAUCUGGUCGCCAUUAGCAUCGGGAUUAUUGAGCGGAAAAUAUAGUAAAAACAAACAAAUGGAAGGUGAAAAUGGCCGAUUUGGUUUAGGUUCCAAUGUCUCGAAAUGGCUUCGAACGUCGUUCCAAUCCGGUGAAGGUCCCAAUGGCUUAGAAGAGAAGAAUGUCGAUAAAAUCAUGGACACAAUUGAGAACUUAAAACCCAUUGCUAAGAAAUUAGAUGCUACCUUAGCGCAAUUAGCUUUAGCUUGGGCCGCAAAGAAUCCUCAUGUUAGCACGGUGAUCACAGGAGCAAGUCGAUCAAGUCAAGUGACUGAAAAUUUCAAAGCAUUAGCACUUCUUCCCAAACUGACACCAAGUAUUAUGGAGGAAGUCGAACAGGUCUUAAAGAAUCAACCGAUGAAGCCCUACGAUUGGACAACAAUGAAUUAG